CGCUCCCUCGGCCCCGGGGGGGGCCCGGACCCGCCCCGGCCCCGCCGCCCCGGCCCGGCAGGAUGAUCAAGCUGUUCUCGCUGAAGCAGCAGAAGAAGGAGGAGGAAUCGGCGGGCGGCACCAAGAGCUCCAGCAAGAAGGCCUCGGCCGCGCAGCUCCGCAUCCAGAAAGACAUCAACGAGCUGAACCUGCCCAAGACGUGUGAGAUCGAUUUCUCUGACCAGGACGAUCUGCUGCACUUCCGGCUGCUCAUCUGCCCUGACGAGGGUUUCUACAAGGGCGGCAAAUUCGUCUUCAGCUUUAAGGUGGGCCAGGGCUACCCCCACGACCCGCCCAAGGUGAAGUGCGAGACCAUGGUGUAUCACCCCAACAUCGACCUGGAGGGCAACGUGUGCCUCAACAUCCUCAGGGAGGACUGGAAGCCGGUGCUGACCAUCAACUCCAUCAUCUACGGCCUGCAGUACCUGUUCCUGGAGCCGAACCCCGAGGACCCCCUGAACAAGGAGGCGGCCGAGGUGCUGCAGAGCAACCGGCGCCUGUUUGAGCAGAACGUGCAGCGCUCGCUGCGGGGCGGCUACGUGGGAGCCACCUACUUCGAGCGCUGCCUCAAGUGACCCCAAAACCCCCAAAAUCCCAAAAAAACCCCAAAAAAAACAACCCCACAAAUCUCCCGUUGGUCCUGGGGGGGUCUGUGGGGUUUGCGGUGUCCCGAGCGCUGCGCGGUGAUUCCCUGACCUUGGAAUGUCCCAAAAAAAAUCCUAAAAAAAUCCCCAAAAAAAUCCCAAAAAAAUCC